AUGACACGCGCCUUGUUCUUCUGUAUUGCUGAAGACGCUAAGCCUGAGCAAUUCAGAUCGGGUCUACAAGAUGGGGAAUUUUUCGAGUCAGACUUCAUCAACGCCUCUAAAGAGGAAUGCCAGAACUGGGCCAUAGACAAGUGGCGCCAACCCGCCAAAUACAAUUUCAUCGAACAGGAAAUUAUCACCAUCGCAGAUGCAAGAAGUGCUGAGGACGGGACUCUUCUCAUGAGCUAUUAUUAUGAAUGUCCACCGGGCGUGUUUCCUGUCGAAUUUGACGAACAUGGGCCCCUCCCACCAAAGAACAAGACCUGGUACGAUUUCAGAGUCCAUCAUACUGAUUCGGAACAAUUCCAAGGUACUCUCCUGAAUGCCGAACCUGACGUUUCCUAUCCAUUGUUCUUCGGCUACCCAGAGAAAUUCACGAAUGAGGCUGGCGUCUUCGAAAUGAGGAAAGUGGAGAAGUUUUUGUCGGAUGGGGAGGUCUAA